UUACCACCCACUUGCAUCGCAGUUCCUCAGCCAAGCUACACAACCAGUCUGUCCAAGUUCAUCAUGGCUACAUACAUCCUCGUUCAAUGUUCUUCCUACGCACCCCUUUUAAAGUUUUUUCCAUGGUCAGUUGGCGCGCAUUUUUUAAGGCUACGCUCCACGAAUCCACUUUGCGAUUUCGCGAACCUCCUUAUGCACGUCCUGUUUUUUCCUAUGCACCACGUCGUGAAGCUCUUGAAGUUCCUGCACUUGGCUACGCUCCACUUUGUGAAGUCGCUUACACACAUUUAGUGGUUGUUUCCUAGGCACCUAUUCGUCGAAGAUCCUACCGCUAUGCACCAAUUUGUCAAGUUCUUAUGGCGCUUUGUGAAGCUCCUAUUCACAUCUUGUUGUUUCCUCAGCACCGUUUACGGCUAUGUGCCAGUCAAGUACCAGUUUGUGAAGUUCUACACACAUUCCCUUUCGAAGCUCCUACAGCUACGCGCAACAGGCUACGCACAUCUCGUUGUUCGGAGGCACCGCUUCGUCGGAUCUCCUACGGCUACGCACCAGUUUGUGAAGCGCCAGCACACACUUUGUUGGGUCCAUUACGCACGGCUACAGGCCACUUCGUGGAGUUCCUACGCACAUCUUGUCUUUCCCAUGUACCACUUCGUCGACGCUCUUACUACAGCGACGCGCCACCUUGUGAAGCCCUUACGCGGUGUUUGAAGAUGAUACGCUUACGCUUCGAAUCUGAAUUGCUUGACCAUAUUCUACAAUCGUACCCUCGACGAACUGUUGGUCGAUGAAUGGAAUGACGAUGUGUCUGAUAACGGAGUCCUCAACAACAGAACUUCGAAACCAAUUGUCGUCACUGGAGUGACUUACUCGACUCCAUCUGGAUCACCCUGUCGGGGAAAAUUGGCCGAGGCUGGAGUCGAUACCCACGCCCCGUGUCCGUAUAUAGUGUUUGGAGAGGAGCACGAUCAUUACCAACAAAGAGUUGAUUCCUAUCUCACAAAGCCUAAUACUCCGCCACAUAGGGCGCUCAGCAGUUCAUGUCCAUGUCAAACCUCACCCCGUGUCAAACCAGACAGCUUUUAUAGACGCCCCGUUAGCCCCCUUCCCUUUCUUUCCCCCUCUCCUCUACGAUGCCAUCUGAACGUCUCAUGAGGAUUGUGCUCUUCCUGUCCGCCUCUUCCAUCGGCGUACAGGCCCAGAUUCACGCGUCAUGUACAAACUCGUCCUUCUUUUGGUCGUACAACUCCAAGGGUGACUCUCCUUGUCAGAUGGGUGAAGCACUCGGUACGGUAUGCACGCCCUCGUUCAACAUCCCAUCCCUCCCUGACGGCUACUACUACUUUGGCACCGGGCACACCAUCACUCCCUGCGUGUGUAAUACUGUCUACUACACCAUGCUCAGUCUCUGUGGCCUUUGUCAAAACGGUUAUACUGAUAGAUUUGAUCUAUGGUCAUCUAAUUGUACGAGAACCUAUGAUACGGUGUUCCCCUCGGCGCUUCCCUCAGGUCUUAGACUCCCUUAUUACGCGUAUUUACCCCUCGAUUCUGUAAACAAAUCUAUCGACGUGGGGGCCCUCCAAGCCAAUACUGGCCCCGAAAGGACCGGCACAGCGACUAGAACACCCACAUCCACCUCCUUCGGAUCUACAGGCACCUCGCAUUCAGGCGGCGACGACCCUUUCGCAGACGAACUCAAAGACGAAGCCAAAAAGGUCGGAAUCAUCGCUGGGAGCGUUGUCGCAGGCAUCUGGGUGUUUUGGGCCGUCGGUGCUGGGAUCGUUUGGUUUAUCUGUCGAAGGAAUAGUAGGAGGAUGUAUGGGGAUCCAUCGCAGAUGUAUCUUCAGAAUAAUGGUGCGCCGGGGGCCAUACCAUAUGCAUCAGUCCCACCCUCCAGUCCACCUGCUAGUACUACAACUGGGACGUCUCCUGGGUUGGGUGAAAAGGUUUAUAACCCCAACGACCCAAGCACAUACCCUCAAACUCCACCACUGGCAACACUAGGGUACCAACAACAACCAUCUUAUAACUACAACACUGCCUCUUCCUCCGACAGAACCUCCGUUGUGGUUCCUAGUUCUCCCAAUAAUACAUCCAUUUACCAACCACAACCACCUCCCUUGGAGUCGGAUAGAACCUCCGUUUUGACACCCCCCAAUAGCGCGGGUUUGCCUAACCCACAUGCUCAAGCACAAGCGCACUAUGCAGUCUCACCGGAUGGUACUACCACGUUGGCUCCGAUGGGUACAAUCCAAAACCCCUAUCCGUACUCGUCGUAUGAUACCCAUAGGCAGGUGUAUGUGAAUGGGGUUCCGCAGGUUUAG